AUGCACAUCAACUGUUGUCCUGAAUGUGUGUUGAUCAAAGUUCCUAGAGGGAGGCAGCCAGGUGAACUUCAUCCUAUCACACCAGGUAAAAGGCCUUUUGAGGUGAUCAAUAUAGAUCACAUUGGUCCCUUUGUAAAGUCAACGAAGGGUAACAGUUAUAUUAUGGUAUUAAUCGAUAACCUAACUAAGUAUGUUAAGUUAUAUCCUGUAAAGAGCUGCGGCACAGAAGGAGUAGUCUCCAGUCUACGGUCAUUCAUAUUGGUAUUUGGAACUCCAAAGCGGAUAAUUAGUGAUCGAGGAACAGCCUUCACAUCAAAAGCUUUUGAGUUAUUCUGUAUCCAGGAUGGUAUUCGACAUACCCUGAACUCAGUAAGGCACCCAUAA